UGCAGAGGCCUUUCGUCGAUCACUCUUCUUUAGUGCAGAUUGUAUAAAGAGAGAGAAAGAGAGGGAGGGAGCGAAGAGUUGAGAGAGAGGGAGAGGGAGGAUGAGAAACAGAAGGCACGCCAUUGUCUGUCUUCUUCUCUCUCUUUUCUCUCUCUCGGUCACCGUCACCAAAUGCUCCUCUCCUGAUCUCGCUGUCCUCCGAGCGUUCAGGGCUUUUUCCGACCCCUCUAACUCCCUGACGUCAUGGGAUUCCGGCGACCCUUGCUCUGGAAAAUGGUUGGGGAUCACCUGCAAGAACCGGAGGGUCACCCACUUUGUUCUACAGGGCCUCAAUCUCUCUGGUCCCCUUCAACCACUGACCGAAUUGGACCAACUCAGAGUCCUCAGUCUUAAGCACAACUCCUUCGCUUCCCCACUCCCGGACCUCACCUCAUGGAGGAACAUGAAGCUCCUCUACCUCUCCCACAACCGGUUCUCCGGCGACUUUCCCGCCGGAAUCUCCAGCCUCCGGAGACUCCACCGCCUCGACCUCUCCUACAACGAACUGUCCGGCAGAUUGCCGCAGGAGCUGAACAGACUCAACUCUCUGCUCACUCUCAGGCUUGAGCACAACAGAUUCACGGGUACCCUCCAGGUUUUCGCCUACAAGAUGGACACCACGCUGGAGGACUUCAACGUUUCCGGCAACAACCUGACGGGUGCGAUCCCCGUUUCGCUCUCCGGCUUCUUAGCUUCAGCUUUCGCCGGGAAUUCGCGUCUCUGCGGACGGCCAUUGCCCGAAAGGUGCCAAGUCCCGAAGCCCAUUUCGGAGAUUCCUCUCCCCUUGAACCGGAAACCCGCGAAGAGGUCCGUCGGGAAAGUGGCUGCCAUCGUGAUCGCGAUCGCUGAUCUGUGCGCAUUGGGGCUUAUAAGCUGGGCCCUGUUCUACUGUUGCUGCCGGUACUACAGAGAUGGGGAGAAGAAGUGGAAGCAGAGGAAGAAGGCGGGAGGGGAGGAAGGAUUGACGACGGGGUGUAUGAGUACUGAUCUUUACGGGAAGAGCCCAACAGGGGAGGAGAAAGAGGAGAGAAAGAAAGAGGAGAGAAUGGUGUUCUUCCAGGGGAGGAAGAGGUUCAGAUUGGAGGAUCUGCUAAAGGCCUCUGCAGAGAUGCUGGGGAAGGGCAGCAUGGGGAGCACCUACAAGGCCUCCUUUGAUGAUGGGGCGGUGGUGGUUGUGAAGAGGCUGAGGGACAGAGCCAGUGGUAUCGGGAAGAAGAAGAGCAUGGAACACCAGAUGCAGAUUCUCGGCGGCCUCAACCACCCGAACGUCGUGAGUUUGAUGGCCUACUACAAGUCCAGAGACGAGAUGCUGCUCGUCUACGAUUACUUCCCUAAUGGAAGCCUCCACGCUCUCCUACACGCAGGUAAUCGUGGUCCUGGUCGAAUGCCACUAGAUUGGACUACCAGACUGAAGUUGGCGCUUGACUCUGCAAAAGGCCUAUCUUUUGUCCAUCGGGGCUGCAACUCCAAGCUUUUCCACGGGAAUCUAACUGCCUCCAACAUUUUAAUCGAUCGUGCCGGCAACGCAUGCCUCUCAGACUUGUCUAUCUCGCAGUUUGUCACAUUCUCUUCAACCACGAUGAACUAUUCAUCCGCUAAUUACCGGGCACCAGAACAGGUUCAAGGAGGCAAGCGGCCCUCUCAGAGGACUGAUGUGUACAGCUUCGGCAUCAUUCUUCUGGAAAUUCUUACUGGGAAGUCACCGUCGGAAGGAAACUUCUCUCUACCCAAAUGGGUGCAGUCGGUUGUGAAGGAGGAAUGGACUUCUGAGGUGUUUGAUUUGGAGCUGUUAAGGUACAAGGACAUGGAAGGGGAGAUGGUGGCCCUGUUGCAGAUAGCAUUGCAGUGCUUAUCUGAACUUCCUCACCAAAGGCCCAAGAUGAGCCAAGUUGUUAAGAUGAUUCUGGAUAUUAGGGGUACAAAUGAUGAGGAAGCAACAUGUAGCUCUCUGCAGAAUGACAAUUCUUCUGACUCCUCUCGUUCUAUAUCUGGUGAAACAGGGACAACCACCACUGCUACUUAUUGAAAGAAGAAAGCACGGAGUGGCUGUGUACAUAAAUGGAACUUCAAUUGGAUUCUACCAGCAGUCCUCUUCUUCUUCCCUGUACCAGAACUCAUGACAUGAAGGUUGUAUUAAUUUCUUUAUUUGAAGGUUGAAAUGAUUUUUAGCUCUCUUUUGUAUGCUAAAACCAUCAAGAUGGUCAAGGUCUUAAUUUAUUAAAAUGUCGCUCUA